GUGGAGCCUCGAAACAAGUCUGACCUCAGUUAUUGGAACUAAGCAAGGUGCUGUUUUAAAGAGUCUUCAAAGUGUGUGUUUGUGAGUAUAAAUUAUUAACGGAGCUUAUUCCAAUUACUAAAGCUUCAGGAUGAAGAACUGUUGUUAAGAGCUUAGGAUUUCAGAGGGCCGUCAACAUGAACGCCACUGACCUUGGUUCCAGCCUCAACGUCACCUAUGACAUGGAAAUCGCGACUCUCUCCAACCUGACAAUCUCCACCACCUCCGCCACCAGCACCCCACAGCCUCCGUCUUACUCCUCAGACAUCCAUGACCCAGAAUUCACCAUCAUGGUGGUGCUGGGCCUGUCGUUGCUGCUGGCAGGACUGGCGGCCUUCUUGGCGGUGUGCCGGCCAUCUGAACAGGACGGGGACUCUGAGGGAGGCUGCGGCCCAGGGGAGAGCUUCGCCCGUGGAAGAAGCUUGUCCAGCGAACCGCAGCUCAAGGUGUGGAAGAGGCUGGGCUCGUAUCGGCGCUCGUACAACCUCUCCUUCAGGCGGCCGCCUCAUCGCAGGCCGCACGAGCGCGAGAGCACACAAGCGUCGCAGUCUCCAAACCGACAGACACCACAGCCGGGAGCCAGCGAGGAGCCCCACCUCACGAUGCCCUGUCUAUUUGACUACGUUACUGAAAUCUGAAGGGCGGGCUAAUGGAUGACUGACAGUUUCCCGAAAAAGAAAACAUACGCUUCUUUAUUUCUUUUUUUUAAUGGUAGGUUGGAACAGCACUAGUUCAGGACUGGGUGAAGAGCGCAUUUUUAGUAUCGGUUUUAAACUUGUUUGAAUGCCAGGUGGAUGAGGUUUGCCACAAGAUGUAAUCAAAGUUAUCAAAAAAGCCAAUCCAAGUUAUCUCUGUGUCUGAUCGCGGUUCGUCACAGCUCUGCACAACAUUCAUAAGAGAUAAAAUGAUUUGCCACAACUACGACUUCUUUCAAUAACUGCAAACAAUAAAUAAAAACAAAACGUUAUACUGGAGGGUACUUCUAUCAACAAUGGCUUUUUUUUUCAUGUAGGAAUAUGAAUUCUCUGUCUAUCUCACACUAGUCUUAACAAUAUAAUUAGUCUAUACAUACAAUACCUUUAAAAUGAGUUUUUAAUUAUCACUUCAAUCAUCAUUCCUCUGCACUACACUGCUAAUUGCUCUUAUGCUGUAAAUCUCAUCCAUCUAGGAAUUCAUGUGCAUUAAGACAGACACUAGGAAUACAUAUAUUUUGUUCAAUCUGUAGGAUUUCAUGAAGGUCUCAGACCGUGGCAGGUUCUCAAUACUGAAAAAUGCAACCUCAGCCAAAAGGGAGACCACUCAGUAGCUGAUUCAGUGUGUUUUUGAAAAAAUAAAUAAAUAAAUGACUUUUAAGUUUUCUAGA